CAGGGUAUAUAAGGUAGAGAGCCAUGAUGGAGGAAAAGGCAGGUAGCAGGAAAAGAAAGAGAGAGGAAGCAGAGAAGAGUGCAUCGAGGAAAGAGUCUGCAGCUAACGAGGGAGAAGAUGGCGGAUCCCCGCGGGACUCUGGAGAGGUGCAUUUCGUGCGAGGAGAGAAGCAGUAUUUAUUUGACGAGAAGGGGCAGAAAUACCUGGAUAUAGGGAACAGUACUCCGCACGGUGGUCAUGUCCACCCCGACUGUGUGUCUGUGCAGCCAGCAGAUGGCGAGCUAGAACACCAACACCAGAUUCAUCACGCCCGAAUGAUCACAUUUGCCGAAAGUUGACAUCCUCCCUCCCCCGAUCCCCGAAGCAGUGCAUCUUUCGUCAAUUCCAGGUCAGAGGCAAACGAUCUCGCUCUGAGGAUUGCAGAGGUUGCAACUGGCCACACCCACGCCAUCUCUAUCACUGGAUGUUACCAUGGCCACCUGCAGUCCUGACAGCUCUAAAGGAGACAAAUCCUUCUUCUGAACUGCUCUAAGCUCCCACUCCAGACAUGUACAGAGGAAAAUAUAGAGACAUUGAAGACUGCAGCCCGGCAGUAUGCUGGUGAGUGCAGCAAUCAAUUGACAGACAGACUGCAGAUGGGAAGCACAUCUCGUGUUUCAUUCACGAAACAGUCCUCACCCAUGCCGGAAUGAUUCACUUACCUCGGGGAUAUCUGCCUGCAGUGUACAAGUCAGCAGAAACCCUAGCACUCUGCAUGCCUUCGUCCAAACAAAACCAAACUGCCCUAAAAUUGGGGAAAUGCACCACAAUUAAAAAUCCACCCAAAGUAGCGGAAAAUCUAAUUCUGCCUGUACAUUUGUACGGCAAAUUUCAGAAAAUAUACACCAUUUUCCACAAUUUUUAUUGUUGCAUGCUUGGCAGGCGACCCUACGUAGCUCAAAACAAGACAAUGUUUUUUCUCCAUGUAUUACCAUCUGACUGAUGUAAAGGGAAGUGUAAUAUUCCCCUCACAUACCAGGAGUGUGCGCGAGGCAGGAGGGGUGUGUAUAGCUGACGAGGCUGAGUCUGGUCUGGGGCGACUGGGGGAGGAAUUCUGGGGAUUCCAGACCCACGGAGUGGUUCCAGAUAUCGUGACACUCGGGGAGAGCAUGGGGAACGGACACCCAGUGGGGGCUGUCGUCACCACCAACGAAAUAGCCGACAAGUUCGCCAAGGGAUCAUCUUACUUUAAUACAUAUGGGGGUAACCCAGUGUCAAUGGCCAUAGCUAAGUCAGUUCUGGAGGUGUUGGAGGAGGAGAAACUGCAGGAGAACGCCCGGGCAGUGGGCGCCUUUCUCACUCAGACACUGAGACAGCUGCAAGAGAGACACUGUGUCAUUGGGGACGUGAGGGGGCUGGGUUUGUGCGUGGGACUGGAGAUAGUUUCUGAUGCUGGAUCCAGAGAUCCUGCUCCUGACAAGGCCAGGGACAUUGUGGCAAAGUUGCUGAAGGAACACAGGAUUGUAGCGAAAGUGGACGAUGCUUGUGGAAAUGUAAUCAAAGUGAAGCCGCCCAUGUGUUUUAGCAAGGAGAACGCCCAAGAACUCGUUUCAGCUCUGGAUGAAAUUCUUGUAGGAUGAAGACCAUUGUUUGUA